CUCUUUCUGGGGGACUGAAAAUGUCGGUUGUUUAUGCCGUAGUUCCUAGCGUCCUUCUCAUUCGUCAGACUGAAACAGCAACCGAAACCCUAAACCAUUUCUUAUCAUCUGUUUGGUCCCUUCCUCAGCCAAUCCUUGAAGUGCUUCUCUUUCUCGACUGAUGGCUUCUUUUGACAUGCAUCUAUUUUUUGGAUAUAUGUAGAUGGGAACCCGGCAUUUGCUAUGGAAUUCUGCUACGAAGUAUUUACAUUUGGGCUCAUAGGACUUACUAUAUCUGAUCGUUAUGCCAGUGUUGUGCAUGUUCAGGGCCUCUCUAUGUUUCCCUCAUUCAAUCCCUAUGGCAGCACUUCUAUGGCAUCAUUUACUGAUGACUACGUUUUAGUGGAGAAAUGGUGCCUUGAAAAGUACAAGUUCUCACAUGGUGACAUAGUAGUUUUCUGCUCCCCAAGUGACCACAAGAAGAAAUAUAUAAAGAGAAUAACAGCCUUGGCUGGCGACUGGAUAAGUACACCUUAUUCAUAUGACUCUUUUAAGAUUCCAGAUGGGCAUUGUUGGGUUGUGGGCGACAAUUCUGCUUCUAGCGUGGAUUCUAGAUCAUUCGGCCCUAUCCCUUUGGGUUUAAUUCGGGGGAAAGUCACACACACUGUCUGGCCUCCUCAAAGUAGAAGACAAUGUUUUCACUUCCCCGUGGACAUUUGCCAAGGCUGCAACUUUGAUUUGAUCAAUGAUUCUUGUCUAUAUUAUGUUUCAUGCCGAACAACAGCAGCUGUUCAUUUGGGAAAACCCAAGAAUCUCUUCAUAUAUGUUGCUGUAGGCCAUUCUAUUCAGAUUUCUGAUGAGACUCAACUUAGGAAAUCAUUGAUCCUGUUUGUACUCAAAUUCGGGAAUCCUCACCUUAAUGCAAGUCAUUGGCACCUAUGA